AUGGCAAAACCUAUUCAUGAAAGAUAUCCAAAUCUAAUCAGCCAAGCACAUGUCGAUAAACGUGCUGCAGCAGUGCACAGGAACAGGCAUGAUGCAGUAGCGAAACCUACCCACCAAGAAUUGUCCCUGAAGUAUCAGUUAACAUAUGAAGCACGAGUUCCUCACUAUGCUUAUAACCCUGAGACUGUUUUGGAGAAUAAUUCGGCUGUAGUGACACAGAAGGAUUCUCUCAGACAGAAUAGUAGUCUUUUACCGACCUGA